AUGCUACGAAACAGCCGUCUUGCAUCGCGGUUUGCCCGCACAGGCGUCCUUCAAGCCCGCGCAUCCCCCCGCACAUCCUCCCUACAGCAGCAGCAUCCUUCAUCUCUACUAUCAUCGCCAUCAUCACCACCAACAACAACAACAAUCAAUACCUUCCGCCUCGCCUCCACAACUACUACAACACCUCCCAACGACACCCAAACAACCCCAGACAUAACAAACCACUACACGAUCUUCAAACAAACCCUGCCCGCUGGCCCGCCCCCGUCCUCACCCUUCAACAUCCCGACGGCCGACCUCCGCCGCGAGUUCCUCCGCUGGCAAUCCCUCAUCCACCCUGACAAAUACCCGCAGGGCCCACAGAAGCAGCAAGCGGAGGCAUUAUCCGCGCGCAUCAACGAGGCAUACCGCACUCUGCUGGACCCGCUGCAGCGGGCGCAGUAUCUCCUGCGUGAGAUGCACGGUAUAGAUGUCACGGCGGAGGACGGGGCGUCGAAGCAUGCGUUGGAUGCGGAGACGUUGAUGGAGGUGAUGGAGGUGCAGGAGACGAUUGAGGAGGUGACGGAUUCUGGGGAGGAUGCUGCGGCUGCGGAGGAGAAAAUUAAUGAGUUGAAGGUGGAGAAUCAGGGGAGGGUGGAGGAAGAUACCACUCAUAUCUUUAUGAUCUUAUAG